AUGCCGCGCGUCCACGACCGCCCGCCACUACCCAUGACUCCUCUGCCCCUCCGCCGCCUCCACCUCCACAUCCUUCUCGUGCUCCUUGCAGCAUCAGCCGCGCAGGCCACCGACGACCCCAGCGGCUGCGGCGGGGGCGACCGCUGCGGCGACCUCGUCCUCCCCUACCCUUUCCAUCUCAACUCCUCCUGUGUCAGCGCCGGAGCCAACUCCUCCCUCUUCCGCCUCUCCUGCAACGCCAGCGCCACCCUCACCCUCGCGCUCGGCUCCGCCACGUUCCGCGUCCUCGCCUUCCUCCCCUCAGGAUCGCUCCUCCUCGACUACGCCCCUGCGUCGACAUCCCCGUGCGACGCGGCCUACGCCUCCUUCUCACGACCGACCUCGCCGGCGGCAGCGCUCGACGCCGCGCCCUUCCUCGCCAUCACGCCGGCCAACGUGCUCCGCCUCUUCGCCUGCGAGGACUCCUCUCUCUGCCGCGCCGGCUGCGAUGAUGUCGCGACGUGUGGCGGCAAGUCUGGGUGCUGCUACCCGCUCUCGGACGGCAGCGUCUGGAAGCCUGGGAACGGGCUGGGCGUUUUCGCUGACUACGGGUGCCGGGGUUUCUCGAGCUGGGUCAAGAACCGGUCGGCGCCGGCAGGGGCGUCGACCGGGGUUGUGAGGGGGAUCGAGGUCGAGUGGGCCGUGCUGAGGGGCAGCGCCAUGGCAAAAUGCGCCGAUGGCGCCGCGCUCGUGAAUGCCACGGCACUCCACGACGGCGUGCGGUGCGCGUGCGCGGCGGGUCUCGUCGGGGACGGCUUCGCACAGGGCACAGGCUGCUCCAAAGGCACAUCCUGCAGCAAUGGUGAGCAUGCAAGUGACGGCAGGGAUUGUUGCCAGGGACGAUUCUGCUCCAAGAAGGCAGUCGUCCUUGCUGGAUUUUUCGUUUCGCUCUUCUUCCUGGCGGCGGCAGUCUCGUUCUGGCUGUUCCUGAGACAGCCUUCUAAGGACAGCCGGUGGGACCUCGACCCGUGCAUCCCCAAGAUCCUCCGGAGCGUGUGCGACGCGAAGCAGUUCACGUACGAGCAGCUGGAGGAAGCAACGAAGAGGUUCGACAGCAAGAAGGCCGUGGACGCCGUCGACGGCACGGUGCACGCCGGCGUGCUCGACGACGGCUCCCUGGUCGCGGUGCAGAGGAUCGGCUACGAGACGCAGGGGAAGCUGAGGCUGGUCCUGGACCGGAUCGAGCUCCUGUCCGAGAUCUCUCACCCAAACAUAGGCCGCGUCGUGGGCUUCUGCCUCGAUUCCAGCAACGCGCUGCUGCUGGUGCACGAGCACUUCGCCGGGGGCACGCUGGAGGAGCACCUGCGCCAGAUGAAGUGCCGCGUCCUCAGCUGGUACCACCGGCUCAACAUCGCCAUCGAGGUCGCCAGCGCCCUCACGUACCUGCAGGCGCACGAGACAGCCCCGACCUUCCUGUACGACCUCAGGUCCAGCGAGAUCUUCCUGGACACCGACUUCGCCGCCAAGAUCGCCGGCUACAAGCUCACGAGGCCGGCGACGUACUACUCCGCGUCGUAUGACCAGGAUGUCGUGUGCAACUUCGGCCACCUCCUGAUCGAGCUACUGACGGGGCUGAUGCAGCAGAUCCCGCUCGACUCGGUCGCGCCCAAGGUGAGGGAAGGGAGGCUCCACGAGGUCAUCGACCCGACGCUUCUGUCGGGAAAGCAGCUCCCGGCCUCGCACGAUGAGGUGAGGAAGGUGUUCGAGCUCGCCGUCCGGUGCCUGUCCAGCGCCGAGAACGGGCUGUGCAUGCUCGCCGUCGCCAGAGAACUGAUGCACAUCCUGAGGGACAACAACGGGAGCAGCAGCAAGAUCGAGAUCUCCCUCGACGAGACUGUAAUCGAAGUCCCGUAA